GGAGCCCAUCGAACGUUGUGCUUUGUGUGUGUGUGUGUUCGUGUAAUACGUCGUACGCAUGCAAGGGUCGCAUACAUAACCGGAAAAGUGCUCGCCAACUACUCUACAUUUCAAACUUGGAGCAUUCGGCGACAUGGAUUCGAUGCUAAACCUAGUGGGCCAUAAAGUAACUUUAAAAACCACCGAUAAUUUGAUUGUGAGUGGAUUUAUACAAUCUCUGGACAAACAAAAUCAUAAGAUUACACUUCGUGGAGUUACAGACAUCGUAAGUGGCGAGUUCAUUCAAGGACUUCAAAAUUUUUAUCGUCAAGAUAUUUUGGAAUUGGAAGUGCACGAAGAAAAAAAAAAGAACUUGAUUCAGCAAGCAAACAAUGCAAAGGACAAAAAAGACACGAAGUCAAUCAUCAGUGGCUGCAAAGGCCAGCCAAAACACCUGAAGAACUUGGGGUUUCUGCAUCCAAGAGAACUCCUGUUGCAAGCACAGUGCCAGAAAGCAGAAAUAGAGGAGGACAAAAAGUCUGGAGGAGCCAGCAGAGAAUGCCAGCUGCCUGAAAACUGUACUCUGGUAGACGACUGCCAUAGUCAGCUGUUCAAAGACACUGUUGACUACUUAUCCAAGCAAGCUGUAAUUGCAGUGAGCUUUGAGGGUGUUUCCAUGGGUCGUUCUGGAAAGCUCUGCUGGCUUUUGAUGGCUUCCAGAGAUGAAAUUGUGUUUUUUGACAUUCUGAGCAUGGGUAAGGAGGCUAUAAGUGCUGGAAUUGGAGACUUGUUGGAGUCAUCUUUGGUUUUAAAGGUUAUUCAUGACUGCAGACUUCCAUCAGAUCUGCUUUAUCAUCAGUACAACAUUAAGCUUAACAAUGUAUUUGAUACACAGGUAGCCAGUGCCUUCGUGUACAGACUGCAGAAUGGAGGAGAUUUUCCACGCUAUGUGGAGAGUCUGGGCCAGUGCCUUCUUUAUUAUCUGAAACUAAAGAAGGCUGACAUCCAUAUCAUGCUUGUGCGCAGGCAUUGCCAGGAGGAAGACGAGAAAGUUUGGAUGCUUCGUCCUGUACCUGCCAAUGUGAGCGAUGCCGCAAAAAAGCAUGUUUGUCACUUGUUGACUCUGCGUCUUGUGCUGAUGGAAGAAAUGAUGACUGAAUUCAUCAUUGGUGUGGAGGUUUUUCUGGGCAAUGUCAGAGAUGCCAGUGAAUCAGAAGCCAGAAUUUUGCAGCAAGCAAGACACAGGCUUCCUGCACAAUUUAGCCACCUGUCAGAUCUCAAAGACAUGAAUGGGAGAUGGUCAAGAAAAAGCCCUAAAAACCGCAAAGGCAAUAUAUUAUCUAAUUACAAAGAUGCAAAUGGCUUUCAAGAAAACUGCGUGGGAGUGAUUCAUCCAUUAGUUAGAGGUUCCCACGAUUCUGUGUGGCACAAAGCCGAAGAUGCAGAUCAUGGUCUGCUUUCAACAUCUGCACACAAUCAGUCUUCCUGCACGUUCCAAGGGCCAAAAGGUGACUCCUCCACUUCCCAUAAAAGAAACAGAUCUGAAUUGUCAAGUCCAAGGCAGGUGCAUGACAACACAGUGCUAACAAAGGAUGUUGUGAUGCAGUUAAACAGCGACAAUGAAGACAGAGGCAGUAGGAAGAGUGACUCUAAUGGUACACACAGUAACUGCAGAGACAGGUAUAAUGGUAUGACUGAUUCAAAUAAACAAAAAGAAGUUUGUACCCACAGUGCAAUUAUUUGUGGAGGUACAAAUGCCAAGACAACUUUGCAGGAAAUGAUUCCUGAGGAGCAAGCAGAAAAACAAGCAAAAUCUAAAGGUCUCGAAAUUAUUAAAAAUUACAUGAGGUCGCGUGCUGGCAAUUUAUGCAGGGAUGAAAAAAUACAGACAGUGAAUAUUGUCAUGAAGCCAGAAGGUUUCUUGCAUGAGAGAUCAUCUCGGUACAAGCAUUAUCCUGUAAAAGAAGAUCUUCAGAAAAUGAGUAGUGAUGAUUCUGAAGGAGAAUGUUUAGAAAGGAGUGAUGCAGAGUGUGAGGAAGAUAGCUUUGAUGCUAUUCCAUCACAGGUAAAACUUGAGCAGAAGAGUAGAACUAGUGGUGUGAUUGGUCAUCAACUUACAAACUACAUGUUGGGUGAUGAUCUAGUCCCUGAGGGAGGAUUCAACACUGCGAUCUUUCACGAUAUGACCACAGAUGUUGAAAGAUACAAGUGACUAUCCACCAACAUCUCUGGUUGAAAUUCUUCCUACAGCUAAAGGGGAUCCAGAACUUGGGAGUGGAACAAGACCUUGGCACAGACCCUCGGUAGGAAGACUUUCAUCUGAAGCCCAGAAAGCAGAUUCUAUGGUUUCAGAGGUGAAUGGCUUUAAGGGCAUGUCUCCUGUGGGGAGACAAGGCUAUAAUAGUGCAGUGAGGGACUGGUUUUAGAUCAUUCUCUUACAAAUCCUCUUGAACAUACGUUCAGAGGUGAAACAAAACUUAAGCUUGGUGAAGAACACAUUGAACCUACAAAAUACAGGCAGUCCUCGGGUUAAGUCAGACCCAAGUUACGAUGUUUCAUUGUUACGACACAUCUCUCAUUUACUUGUAUAAAACCUUGUUUCGACUUAAGUAGUUUAACGUUGUAACGCAAACUUCGUGUUUUAUUUCAUUAUUGAACAUAUUUUAUCUGUUUUUUGAUAAUUUUGAUAAUUACCAUGUUAGGAUAGGUGUUAGGAUAGGAUAAGUGCUUACAAUAUGUUAUUUACAUACAGUAUGUACGUAUGUUCCGACUUACAGCGAAAUUUGGUUUACGAUGUGACAUAGGAACAGAUCAACAUGGUAAGUCGAGCACUGCCUGUACAUAGCAGAAUUUCAGGUUAUUAUGGAUGGCACUAUAGGCAGGAAAAGACAUUGUGACAAAAAUUGCUGAAUUGUCCAAAAAUGUUUUUAAAUUUUUUUUUUAUUUUAGUGGUAUUGAAGAUAAAAGCAUUAAAAAUUUUUUAUUUUAGGGUUAAGAUAGUGUUGUUUCCAGUAAAAUAUUUUAGUUGUAAAAAUAAUUAAAAAAAAACCUUUUUAGGAUUAUCAGUUUAUUUCUUGAGUUGCUGAGGUUUAAAGAUUGACAGUUUUAGAGAAUGUUGAUGUAUCUGUUCACAAUGUUGACAAAAAUUUCAUCAUUUUUAAAUGGAAAGUUACAUGCUUCUCAGAUGAUAAUUAUAAUGUCACAAAUAGAAAUUGUAUAAAAGUCUCAAAUUUUGUGUGUUUUUUUUUUAACUCUAGUGAUCAGCUAAUGUAGCCAAUUAAAUUUUAAACACUUCAUUCUGUUACAUUGAUCCUUGCAUAUUUAAAUGCCAAUUACAGUUAAGUCUGGAUUAUUUGCUGCUAACCCUCAAGCUGGAUUUGCAGCUAUUUUCAAAAAUUUUGUUCUAGAUAACUACUGUUCUGUUAAGGAACUGAUACAUUUAGAAGCAGAAAAAAAUCUCUCUUAAGAGAACAUACAUUGAAUUUUAUCUUUGGAUGAUGUUAUGCUUGAAAUAAAGAGCUAUGAUCUGUUAGUUCAAAACCA